CUACUGUAUGUAGGUACCCUCGGGUACUACCCGUUCUGAGGGCUGCGAGGGCGGUCGCCGGGCCGCGGCCAGGGCUCACCGGGGGCCGCUAGAGCACGUGGUCCCGGCCGACUCGAGAGUGGAGUUUUAUGUGGUUUUGGAGUGGUGGUGUUGAGGCUGUGAGGAUGGGUGCGAUGAAGAUGUUUGUGGUGUUGUGUCUGUUGGCGUGGAGUGGUAGCGCGUCUGCGCUCAAUGUCUAUUGGAAUGUCCCCACGGAAGAGUGUCCGAAGUCGGUGAAGUUCGACCUCUCCAAGUUCGGUAUCAUCCAGAACACGGGAGACACCUUCCACGGCGACCGGUUCAACAUCCUCUACCAGCCGGGUCAGUUUCCGCACUACCUGCAGAAGAAGGUGACCAGGAGAGACGGCAGGAUCUUCAAACGGGAGGAGCCCGUCAACGGAGGCAUCCCCCAGUCGGGAGAUCUCAAUAAACACCUCGAACAGCUACGGAAGGACAUCGAGGACAUUAUUCCGAGACAUUACUCAGGUCCGGCGGUGAUCGAUUUUGAGCAGUGGCAGCCGACUCUGCGCAGUACCGGCGAGAUAAAAUACCGCAAUUUCUCCAAGGAGUACCACCGCUCGCUGGUGGCGGCCGGGGUCAUCCCCGAUCCGACUGACAUGGACGCACAGACGGCCGGCAAUUACACGGCUGAGGCGCUGUUUGAGCGCCCCGCCCGCCAGUACCUGGAGCAGACUCUGCAGCUGGCUCGGCGGCUCCGGCCGAGCGCCCUCUGGGGCUACUACCACUACCCCUACUGCAAGGCCUACAUCCCGCAUGUGGAGAGCUGCGCGCCGGCCAUCAGUCAGGACAACGACAAGACGUUGUGGCUUUAUGAAAACUCUGACGCCCUCUACCCAUCGAUCUACUACCUGAAAUACAAAUACACCGCAUGGGAGAAGACGAUGGAGACUCGCUCUCGGCUGGAGGAAGCCGACCGGAUGUCCCGGCUGGUCGGCGGCCGCCCGGUGUUCCCCUACACCUGGUACGCCUACCACGAGCGGCACACCGACUUCCUCUCACCAGCCGACCUGCUGGGCUCGCUCGGCCAGGCCGCCGCGCGCCGGCCCGCCGGAGUGAUCAUCUGGGGCGGCUCGGACGGCCUCAACAGCACCCGGCUCUGCCUCCGCCUGCGUGACUAUGUCGAACACCGGCUCGGUCCCUUCGUCCGCUGGCUGCGCAGCCUCACCGACGCCCAGCUGGACCAGCUUCACCGUCACCUGGUGGAGAGUCCGGAAAGCUUCUACUCGCAGGUGGCGCUGCUGUCGAAGCAGGGCGUGUUUGGUCGCUGGCCGGUGAACGGUUGGGACGCCGAUUUGGAGCAGACUGAGGAGAUGAAGAGGGCCGUGCUGCAGGAGAUCGCCCGGGAACUCGGACCGGACGAGCUGCUGAUCGGAGACCCCAAACAGGUGCGCUAUGAGGAGGAGGAGGAGCAACAGUUCCUCAUGUGAGAACUCCGGAGCAGCGGCCGUCUGUGGGAAAACUCUCGGGGACGUCUGGUGUGAGGAGAGACGUUAAGCUGCUGCUGAUAAGCCAAUAACCUGACUGUGAGCUCUUCGAAAAUUAUAACGAAGUGUACAACUUGGUGCCACCUUACUGGUGCCACAAAAAUCCGGUCAACUGGGGCACAAACAUCCAUGAAGAAUCAAAAUUCGAGAUUUAAAAAUAGGGGUCAUCAACUCCUAAAAUGAUCGGUAAACAGGAUCAAUGCAAGUAGCUUGUUGUAUUCUACUUCAAGAUAUUCAUAAACUUGUUAACAUGCUCAAUCACUAUGCAGCCCAGAUCGUAUGAAUGAACCUGUGGGUUACAAACUUUGCAGCUGCGAUGCAUAUUUAGCAGCUCACGGCCAAUCAUCAAAGCCAAAGCCGCUAGAACUUACCAUAAACAAUAAACAUGUAUUCGAGCUCGGAGGACGCUUCCAGUGUGUCGCAACAUUCAUCAAAAGCUCACUCGGAAGCAGCAAGACGCUCGCCAAUCGAACUCGCGGCUAUAGUAACAAAGAAGGAGUUCGGUCACAUGAUCAAGGGGCCAACCAUAUCUCAGGAACAGCCAAAAAUCCGCUAGCUAAGCGGCAACGAACUUCUGGUCUCCAGAGCGGGUAUAUUUUACUGUAGCAUUGUAUAGGCAAGAGGGUGUUGUCGGGCUGCCUGGAGUGUCGUGUUUGUGAGUGUGAGUGUGUGUGUGUGUGUGCGUGCAGGUAGGUAUAAGCGAAUGUCGUGAGCGUGAGCGUAUUUGUGUGCUACUUGUUCGGCGGUAUGCGGAAACUUUAGAAGACAUGAUCAAGAAAAGACUGGAAGGGGAUGUGAAGACUAGUUUCUUGUCGAGCGCUGCCAUGGGGAGGUGCCUGGAGCACUGAGCCAGUACAAAACUACAGGUGGAAGGGUAGGUUCGAUUUUUACCGUGAGGAUGACGGCCUCAGUCCAUGUGAGUCGGCCUUUGCUGCGAUUAAUUUUGAUUGUGAAUUUACAAUAGACACAUUUUCAUCGUUCUUAGAAAUGAGUGAACAGGACUGGCCUUGACCAGUCUGUUUAUUUUAAUUGGGAUGUGUUCUAUUUAUCGAGCAUGUUCUGAUCUAACAUAAAUCUCCCCUUAUCGCAUCGUUCCACUGUUCGCGGCCUUGGCGGUUUAAAUGAGCUUAUUUAUCAAGAACGGGUCAAAGGCACCGGCGUCGUUACGCACGGUGCAUUUUAAUUUAUGUGAGCGUGUGUCCAUCGUCGCUUGUCGACAGCGAAGAGAAAGUGGUUUGCUCGUUUUAAACUGCUUAGCAUUCCACGCAGCUCAUUUGUGUAGCAACUGUUGUGAAAUAAACGUACUACACCAGCA